AUGUCAGCAAAACACUUCAUCAACGACCCAACCAAGCUGGUCAACUCGGCCCUCCACAGCCUGACCCUCACAAACCCGAGUCUGGCCCUCGACAAGCCCAAUAAGAUCAUCUACCGCAGGCCAACGCCCGAUGCUAAGAGGCAGGUCUCCGUCGUCUCGGGCGGCGGCUCGGGUCACGAGCCCUCCUUCGCCGCCAUGGUCGGCCAAGGUCUCCUCUCGGCCGCCGUCGCGGGUACGAUAUUUGCCAGCCCGAGCGCCGAGCAGAUCCGGACGGCCGUCGCCUCGCGCGUCGACACGUCAAGCGGCGUGCUGGUGACCGUCAUGAACUACACGGGCGACGUGCUGAAUUUCGGCAUGGCCGUGGAGAAAGCCCGCGCCGCGGGGCUCGAGGUCGAGAUGGUUGUCGUCGGCGACGACGUCGGCGUCGGGAGGGCGAAGGCCGGCAAGGUCGGAAGGAGGGGCAUCGCCGGCACGGUGCUCGUCCACAAGAUCGCCGGCGCGCUCGCGGCGCAGGGACGGCCGCUGGCCGAGGUCGCCAAGGUCGCGAGGCUGACGUCGGAGAACCUGGUCAGCGUCGGCGCGAGUCUGGAGCACGUGCAUGUCCCCGGCCGCGCGGUCCCCAGCGGAAAGGACGAGGGCGCACUGCAGCUCGGCGAGGCGGAGCUAGGGAUGGGUAUCCACAACGAGCCCGGGUCCGGCCGGGAGAAGGCGGACCUGCCGGGGCUGGUGGGCAAGAUGCUCACGCAGCUGCUAGACCAGGGCGACAAGGAUAGGGCAUUUUUGAACGUCAACUCGAACGAGGUCGUGCUGUUGAUCAAUAACCUGGGCGGCGUGAGCGCUCUGGAGCUCGGGGGUAUCACGGCCGAGGUCGUGGCGCAGCUGGAGGGCAGCUACGGCAUCCACCCCGUUCGCAUUCUCAGUGGAACGUACAUGACCAGCCUCAACGGCCUCGGCUUCAGCAUCUCGCUGCUCAACGUCGUCAACACAGACAUUGGCGGGCCGAGCAUGAUCCAGCUCCUGGAUUACCCCACCGAGGCCACCGGCUGGUCGUCGCCCGUCCUCAAGGAGACGUGGGAGGCCAAGAACCAGGCUACGCGGGAGGAGGCGGCCGACGCGGGCCAGGCGACGAAGGCUAGCGAUCUCAAGUACGACGCUGCUGCGGCCACCAAGGCUGUCACGGCCGGUUUGCAGAGGGUUAUCGCGGCUGAGCCCGAGGUUACUAGGUAUGAUACCGUUGUCGGUGACGGCGACUGCGGUAUCGGUCUGAAGAGGGGAGCUGAAGCCAUCCUCAAGCACAUCUCAGAGAAGCCCCUCACAGGCGACGCCGUCGUAGACCUCGCCUCCGUGGUCCCCGUCGUCGAGAACACAAUGGACGGCACCUCGGGCGCCCUUUACGCAAUCUUCCUCAACGCCCUUGUCGGCGCCCUCCGCGGCCUGUCCCCCGGCACCGCGGACGCCAAAACCUGGGCCGCCGCCCUGAAGCAGAGCAGCGACGCCAUGUCGCGGUACACGCCCGCUCGCCCGGGCGACCGCACGCUCGUCGACGCGCUGCACCCCUUUGUCGAGGUCCUCGGCGAGACGGGCGACGUGAAGAAGGCGGCCGAGGCGGGGCACAGGGGCGCGGAGAAGACCAAGGGUAUGAAGGCGAGCCUGGGGCGGACGGUGUACGUCGGCGGCUCCGGGUUCGAGCAGGUCCCUGACCCCGGCGCAUGGGGAUUGAGCUGCUUCUUUGCCGGGUUGGCGGGCAUUGAGGGUGAGGAUGGAUGGGAGAAGCUGUAA